CGCGCCUGCGCAGUACAACAGAGCGUUCAGCCCUCCACACGCCUUACCUGUUUGGGGUUCGGUGUGCGCAUGCUCGGGUUGGCAGAGCAGGUUCCUCGGCGUCAGUUAUCACCAUGGAAAUAAGCAGCAGAAUUGAGUGCAUAUUUUUCAGUGAAUUCCAUCCAACACUUGGACCUAAAAUAACAUACCAGGUACCAGAGGAUUUCAUCUCCCGAGAGCUCUUUGACACAGUUCAGGUAUAUAUCAUCACUAAGCCUGAACUUCAAAACAAGCUCAUCACAGUCACAGCAAUGGAUAAAAAGCUAAUUGGGUGCCCAGUGUGUAUUGAACAUAAGAAAUACAGCCGGAAUGCCUUGCUCUUCAACCUUGGCUUUGUUUGUGAUGCCAGAGCAAAGACCUGUGCAUUAGAGCCUAUUGUGAAGAAACUGGCAGGUUAUCUUACCACUCUAGAGCUGGAGAGUGGCUUCAUUUCCAACGAGGACAGCAAGCAAAAGUUGAUACCCAUCAUGACCAUCUUACUUGAGGAACUGAAUGCCACUGGCAAAUGCACUCUACCCAUAGACGAAUCCAACACCAUCCACCUGAAAGUGAUUGAGCAGCGCCCCGAUCCCCCCAUUGUGCAGGAGUAUGAUGUUCCUGUCUUCACCCAGGACAAGGAUGACUUCUACAAUUCCCAGUGGGACCUCACCACUCAGCAGAUCUUGCCUUACAUUGAUGGAUUCCGGCAUGUUCAGAAAAUCUCAGCCGAAGCAGAUGUGGAGCUUAAUUUGGUUCGCAUUGCCAUCCAGAACCUUUUGUACUAUGGAGUAGUGACUCUCGUUUCCAUACUUCAGUACUCCAAUGUGUAUUGCACCACACCUAAAGUCCAGGACCUGGUUGAUGAUAAAAGUCUCCAAGACGAAUGUCUCUCAUAUGUCACAAAGCCAGGUAACAAGCGACCCAGUCUGAGAGAUAUUUUCCAGCUGUACUGUGGGCUAAGCCCUGGCACGACCGUUCGAGAUCUCAUUUGCCGCUAUACUCUUCAAAUCCAGAGAGUGGAUGAAAGGAAGCUGAUCCAAUUUGGUCUGAUGAAGGGCCUUAUUCGACGGCUCCAAAAGUACCCUGUAAAAAUCUCUCGGGAUGAAAGAAGUCAUCCAGCACGACUGUAUACAGGCUGCCAUAGCUAUGAUGAAAUUUGUUGUAAAACAGGAAUGAGCUAUCGGGAGCUGGAUGAAAGAUUGGAGAAUGACCCCAAUAUAAUUGUUUGCUGGAAAUGAAACUUCACGGACAGGAGGAAUCAUCAUGGCCUGUGAACAAUUAAUGGGGCUCUUAGGAUUUUGAAGAAGCUUCAGGGUUUCUUCUGAAGCCAUUAAAUGCAACAUGGCUCAGUAUGUCUGACAUGGGGCACAUUUUUCAGUCCAGCAGCCUAGGAAGAAUAAGCUAAAUGGACUUUGAUAGCUUUGAUAAACAAAUUUGGGAUGAUCAAUGUGGAUAAAGCAUGACUCCCAUUACCAUGAGGGGCAAAACACAAGUAUAUAUAAGUGCCGACAUCUAUUUUUGAAAAAAAAUAAUCCCGAUUAGAAGGUUGUGAUGCUGAAUAGUGGUGCAGAUCAGUCAUUCUUUUCAGCUCUAUAUCCUACCAGAUGUAUAGUUUUACAGGUAAACACAUAGCUGGGGCCUCCAGCUAUUUGGAAUUUUGGGGGAUUUUAGAAGCCAAAGAGUAGCUGAUAGAGAAUGACUUAAAUUCCUCUUGACCUCAGCUUAGGGUCACGUGUAAUUUGUCCCUGAGGGACAGGCAAAAGCUAAUUACUUCUUUCUCAGUGUUGAUUACAUCUCCUAAAUGCAAAGGAACAUGUGCUGAAUCCACUUGGUUUAGGAUGGACCAUCUCUUCUUGAGUUCUUCCAAAAGUUUACAAUUGAUCUUUUCCCUUGCUACCUUUUUAACAAACCAAUUGCAGAUAUGUUUCGGAUAUCCUGUUAUCGUGUAAGCAAAAAGUACCAUUCCUUUAUAUAUAAUAAAGUGCUUAAUAAAAAUGUAUUAUGAUAAUCUAAAUAAAAUAAAGCUGAAAAUGUAAUUUCUUA